GGCAAAUAAGUUCCAGGUACGGACAAGUGAAUCAGCACUAUAAAAAUGCAUCAAUGAUGCUAAAAUACAAUUUAUAACAACAACAUAAUCAAAAUAAAGACAUUUACAGUUCAGCUCCUUCAUUUACCAACAUUUCUAUACAAACAUUGAACAAUACAUGAAUGAACACUGAAGAAUAAGCUUCAAGUUCAAUGCCGACUUACCUGUAGCAAAUGUCAUAUAAUAAAAUAGCAGAGAUUUUCUAAAUCAGCUAAACUGAAAUUCUGUCUUUUCUGUUAUUUUUUUAAUUUUAUUUUUAUUUUUUUGUGCAACAGCUGUAUCUUUUUCAGAUGAAACCAGUUUUUGUGUUAAUUGUUGAUUGCCGGGCUAAAAGACAAAACUCAGAUCACUGACACUUCUUAAUACCAAGCUGCCUUUUGGAGAGGAAGUACUUUAGUAGUUCAUCUCCAAUGUUUUUUGUUUGUUUGUUUGUUUAGUUUUAUUUUAUAUUUUUUAUGGUGUGCUAAAUAUUUACAGUUGUACUUGCAUUUUGUACAUACCAUAGCUGAUACAUGUUAUAGACAAACAGACAAAUGGUACAAUUAAGCACCGAAAACUAGAUCAAAUGUUUUUGUCCUUAAACAGGCAGUACUGCUACUGGACUGAACACACGGCUGAACCUUACAGCAACAGUAAACACCUCAUAAACAUUUUAAAUAUUCUCUGCCCUAUGUUGAAUUAAUUAUUUGCACUAUUAUAUUGUUUUUAUAAUAACAAAAUCAUGUAGAAAACUGAUUCAGUGACUUAAAAUGCAAAAUUGCACGUCAUUGACAUUUUGCAUAGAUCACAUUUCCUACUUUGAAAGUUUGAAAUUAAUUGUGUGAAUGUAAAAGCUCUUGUGGCUUGUCAUUCAGUCAUUCUGUAGUGAACUGUUUUAAACUGUUAAUGCACUGGGGUUUUUGUUUUCAGUCUUCAAAUUUCCAGCUUCUAAAUCUUCUAAUAGCAGCUUUCUAAAACAGCUGCUUUUAGAAAAUUUAAAGUUUGGAAAUAUGACAGCUAAAAACUCCCCAUCACAGACAAAAUCUCACUGAAGGCCUCUAAAUGAGCACGAUUAGAUUGUAUUUACUUCCGUGAUAGAUUUAGAGUAACUGAAAAAACAACUCUGCUAGAGUGAAGUGAUGUGGUCUUUGCUCAUAUAGAGUUCAGCUGUCCUGCAGUAAGCAUCUGUAUAUGAUGGGGAGUUUUCAGCCUUCAAAUGUACAACUUCUAUAUCUUCUUAUAGCAGCUUUAUUAGAUUACAACGUGGCGACACAGAGACCCUGCAAGCAGGUCCAUCGGUUGAACAUGAACUAUGUUCAGGGCGACAAUAUGUCUAUUUCUUGCCUAACCACAACCCACCCGCUGGAGUCUCUGACAGUGAAACUACGCAGAACUGACCCGAUUAAAGACAUCCUAAUGUAUUCAGACACCUCUCCAGCAUCAGAGCAUCAGAGAUGGUCUGUGAGAAAUGAUGCUGGAAAUGUUACACUUGAUCUGAAGAACAUCAGUUUUCCUGAUAACGGCCAUUAUGAAUGUCAAGUCUACAAAGAUUUGGACUGCCUUAAUGCAACUCUUUUUAACCUGAGGGUCAGAGAGUGUAAAACUUUGGAUUCUGUUCAUGCGACUCCCGGCUCUUUAGUGUUGCUGCCAUGCUCUGAAUAUCCUCUACAGCACAAUGCUGGACAAGUGACUUGGAAAAUCAUUAUUGGUCACAAACCAACAAAAAUAGAUGAAUACUGCCCUCCAAACAAGCCCUCAAACAGUACAGAGAGAGACAUGAGGCCUCUGUGUGAGAGAGCGAGAAUAAUAGGGAAUGGAUCUCUGCUUAUAAGGGAUGCAGUAAACACUGAUGGAUCAUGGUAUCAGUGCAGAGUGAGUGAAAAAACCUGCUAUGAGGUGAAGCUGGUGAUGAAAGGUGCUCCAACCUCAGCUAACAUUUCUGUUGUUCAGACUGAAGGCAACAGUGCAGCAGUGACAACUGAUCUGACAGCAGUAGUGAUGGUCACAAUAGUGUCUCUGUGUGUCCUCACAGCACUGAUCAUCUGUGGGAUUCUUUAUUUCAGAAAACGAAAGAAGAAUAUCAACAGCCAAACUGAAUUGAACUGCAGGCAUUCCACAUAUUAUUCUGAAAUUCCAGGAAGACUGGAUGUCCCGUUGUAUUCUGUAGUUCAACGUACAUGAAUCAUGACCUCCUGUAGGUUACUACAACACAAUAAUCUUUAAACUGUAAUUAUAUAAUAAAUAGAAUAAUCAUGAAGUUAAAUAAUUCAUUUCUGUCCUGAACUACACAAAACAUGUUGAUAAUUAAGUUGGAAUGAAUCACAUCAAAUUAGUUUGGAUUCAUUGAUGUGAAAUAUGCCAAAUUUUAGAUGAAAUAUGCCAAAUGUAAUACUGUACUGCUUGUCCUCUUCAGUCUGAAUUUAAUGACUAGCAUAAUUUUGUAAAACACAUCACAAGAUAUGUUAUACCUUGCACUGUCAUUUUUGCAUUGCUCAGUUUCACAGAAUUUAUUAUCUCACUUCAUAACAUGGCCAAAAAUAUAAAUGCAGUAUGCAUCUGCAAAUGUGCAUGAUUCAAACAAUACUUUUUUUCCUUUUUCUUUGACCAAAUAAUUUUUUUAACAUUAUCUCACAACAGUUGGUGUGAACUGCGAACAAGCGAAGCUCCUGCAUGCAAACCAGAUGACAAUAUAAUGCUGUGAAAUAAAACAGUUUUUAAUGA